CUUAUUAUUCAUCGAUCAAUUUCCGCCACCAUAAAUUCUUCCGCAUUUCUUCUUUCCGUGUAGAUCUUCCAUUGGAGCUACAAAAAAUGAUGAGGGUUUACGUCUACACUCGCGAAGGCCGCGACCUUGUCAGGGGAGGCUUUGAGCUCGCUGAUUCCGCUACUGUGGCUGAUCUGCAGAAGGCCAUUCACAGGAAGACCAAAAAAUACUACCCGGCCAGACAGCGCUUGACCCCCUUCCUGGAUUGGUUGGAUCCUCAAGUCCUUAAUCCCAAGAAUAGACUGAAGGAAUACACCGAGCUCAAGAUCGGCGAGGGGAAUGAGUUGAGUGUCGAAUUCAAGGAUCUCGGCCCACAAGUCAAUUAUAGAACUCUUUUCUUCUGGCAGUACUUGGGUCCUCUGGUUCUCUACCCACUCUUCUAUUACUUCCCUGUGUACAAGAUCUUCGGCCACAAAGGGGAGCGUGUCAUUCAUCCAGUUCAGACAUACGCCAUGUACUUCUGGUGCUUCCACUACUUCAGACGUAUCAUGGAGACCUUCUUUGUGCACCGUUUCAGCCGUGCAACAGCGCCACUCUUGAGCCUCUUCCAGAACUGCGCUUAUUACUGGGCUUUCGCUGCUUGGAUCUCGUAUUAUGUGAACCACCCGCUCUACACGCCUGUGAGUGACCUCCUAAUGAAACCGGCCUUUGCUUUUGGGGCGCUCUGCCAGAUUUCCAACUUCUAUUGCCACAUUUUGUUGAGAAAUCUUCGGAAAUCUGAUGGGAGUGGUGGCUACCAAAUCCCACGUGGAUUCCUAUUCAACAUUGUGACUGGUGCAAACUACACAACUGAGGUGUUUCAGUGGAUAAGCUUCAAUGCCGCGACGCAAACUUUUGCAGGUGAUACGUUCGUGUAUGUAGCGAAUUCCAUAAUGUCAAGGAGGGCCAUUGCCAAGCACCGUCGUUUGAAGAAGCUGUUCAAUGGGAAAGAUGGACGGCCUAAAUAUCCCCGGAGAUGGGUGGUACUGCCCCCGCUCCUGUAGAAGCGACAGAUCCUCGGGUUUUCUUCUUCUUAUCUAGUGAAACGAACUACGCUGCUUCCGGAUGAUGCUAGUGAAUUCUUGUAGCCACCCUUGAGUGUUCAUUUCUGUAGAAGAUGGAUUUGUUAUUCUAUCAUUUUCUGCUACUC